ACACACACACACACACAGCUGAACACACUGUUGUCUCGUCCGGUCUGUGUUUCCGUCUUAUUGGAGAUUUUUCAGAUCCACCACCACUACCAUGCUCUCUGUGUCCAAUUUGAAGUCUACAGUCAGCCCAUGUUACUUUCUCCUCUGUGCUGCACUGUGUUUGCUCCUACUCUGGUAAGACCUUCAUUCAGUCUGUGUGUGUGUGGAAGAUAGAGAUUCAAGGGCAAUGGCUGUCCUCUACAAACGUCAAUACUCUAUACAGUAGCCAGACAAUGUAUGAUUUAGUGUGAGGUUCAUUGCAGUACACUUACUCCUGAUGGUUAAGGUUUUUGAUUGAAGCCUUGUACAAUGGGAGGAAAUUUAAAUUGUCGACUGUUUAAAUCAAUGCAAAAGUCGAUCGAGAAUAGAAAAUGGUGUGUGUGUGCGCGCAUUGACGUGAAUAACUAUUACUAGUAAACAAACAAAAAUGUGACCAACUGGGGACAUUUUGUUGGUCCCCACAAGGUCAAAUGCUAUUUCUAGGGGGUUUAGGGUUAAGGUUAGAAUUAGUGUUAGGGUUAGAAUUAGGGUUAGGAGCAAGGGUUAGUUUUAGGGUUGUGGUUAGGAGCUAGGGUUAGGUUGAAGGUUAAGGUUAGGUUUUCGGGUUAAGGUUAGGGUUAAGGUUAGGGUAAGAGUUAAGGUCAGGGUUAGGGAAAAUAGGAUUUUGAAUGGAACUGGAUUGUGUGUCCCCACAAGGUGUGCAUGUAUGUGUGUGUGUGUGUGUGCGUGUGCAUAUUUCUUCAAAGAAGUCCAGCUUUUUUAAACCAUAAUGAUUUUCUAUCAAAUCAACACACAGAUGAUUCCUCCCCUGUCUCACCCUGCUUGACUAAUAUAAGAGGCUGAUGCACUGCGGUGAGCUGUGAGUUAUGGUGACCUAUGUUUCAGUGAUGUUGCCAUAGCCGGCAGUGGCGAGGAGCCCAGUGGCGUCCGUGAGGCUCGUUCUGUGGGGACUCAGGUCCCCGUUCAGCCAGUGGACUGUGUACAAUCAGAGUGGACCCCCUGGACGCGCUGCGAUGUCUGCAGGAAGAAAAGGGUGAAUAUUAGCAGGAGGAGGAAGAGGAGGAAAUGGAUGAUGAUGAUUACGAGGAGGAGGAGGAGGAGGAGGAGGAUGUAGAUAAAACCUGUUAGUGGAGAGGAUACUGUAAGUGGCACAGGUUGCUGUUUGUAAUCCACUUUACAUGGAGAAAGACAAGGGGAGUAGCUGACCUUGACAAGAGAGUGCAAAGAUCUUUCUAAUAUAAUAACGGACAUGGGAUGUACUUCACAUUCUGUGCUCAGAUUGGGUAAUGCAGCCUUCUGUGACAAAAUAGCUUUACAGUAAGUAGGUAAAGAUUUGUUGUACUGUAGCACUCAAAUUGUUUUCAAUUGUCUUUUAUUCUCUCUCUCCCUCCCUCCCGACCCUCCCCCUCUCCAUUGCCCUCCCCCCAGUAUCGUUAUGCUAAGCUUGUCCAGCCAUCUCAGUUUGGCGGAGAGCCCUGUCAUGUCCAGGGCAAAGAGGUGGAGACCUGUAGCCCUCCAUCUCACCACAACUGUAGACCUGAAGAAACACCUCUGUGUGAAGGCUUCCUCUGCACUUACACAGGUAUUCUUUCCACACAAUCCACCAAUUUAACUCUAACGUUAACCCUGAUUUGAAUAAUCCUAACCACUGGUAUUCUCUCCGCUGAUCUCAAAACUAUAUGCCUGCUAUUUCUACACUGCUUAGUCCAAUGCAUGUCUUCUAGAUGUCUGUGUAGAAGUAAAUAAAAAUAAAUAAAAAGGGCUGCAUAUUAAAUGAAAAGUUUUACUCCACAUAGUGCACUGCCAGUAUAGGGCUCUGAACAAAACUAGUGGACUACAUAGGGAAUAGGGUGUGAUUUGAGAUGUGACCUGUAUGUCUUCCCAGGGCGCUGUGUGCCUAUAGACCUGCGCUGUAACGGGGAUGAUGACUGUGGGGACCGGUCAGAUGAGAAGGGCUGUCAGAAGGUGAACAAGGCCUGCAAGCAGGAGGUACAGGAGUACUAUGGCAUCGAGAACCUGGCCAAAGGGUGAGGCGUACACAAAUUCCAGUUUUUUACACAAAUCGUCCAUUGACAUCAGUGCAUGAAUUACAUGAAAGUUAAUCCCUUUCUCUCUCUUGUAGAAUCAACAUACUGAACAGUAACUUAGAAGGAGUGGUUAUUGACAACAGAUACUACGCAGGCAGUUGCUUGCCUCACUACAUCCAGGACGUCAGGUUCAGGAAGCCGUAUAACCUGCAACAGUACACAAUAGAGGUAGGAAGCCUUAUAACCUGCAGCAGUACACAAUAGAGGUAGGAAGCCUUAUAACCUGCAGCAGUACACAAUAGAGGUAGGAAGCCUUAUAACCUGCAGCAGUACACAAUAGAGGUAGGAAGCCUUAUAACCUGCAGCAGUACACACUGGAGGUAGGAAGCCUUAUAACCUGCAGCAGUACACACUGGAGGUAGGAAGCCUUAUAACCUGCAGCAGUACACACUGGAGGUAGGAAGCCGUAUAACCUGCAGCAGUACACACUGGAGGUAGGAAGCCUUAUAACCUGCAGCAGUACACACUGGAGGUAGGAAGCCGUAUAACCUGCAGCAGUACACACUGGAGGUAGGAAGCCUUAUAACCUACAGCAGUACACACUGGAGGUAGGAAGCCUUAUAACCUGCAGCAGUACACACUGGAGGUAGGAAGCCUUAUAACCUGCAGCAGUACACACUGGAGGUAGGAAGCCUUAUAACCUGCAGCAGUACACACUGGAGGUAGGAAGCCUUAUAACCUGCAGCAGUACACACUGGAGGUAGGAAGCCUUAUAACCUGCAGCAGUACACACUGGAGGUAGGAAGCCUUAUAACCUACAGCAGUACACACGGGAGGUAGGAAGCCUUAUAACCUGCAGCAGUACACACUGGAGGUAGGAAGCCUUAUAACCUGCAGCAGUACACACUGGAGGUAGGAAGCCGUAUAACCUGCAGCAGUACACACUGGAGGUAGGAAGCCUUAUAACCUACAGCAGUACACAAUGGAGGUAGGAAGCCUUAUAACCUGCAGCAGUACACACUGGAGGUAAUAAGGGCCCUAUUCGAAUACUCUUAAAAUGCAUUGUUCCUUCUUUUACAGUACCACAUUUCCAAUGAUUAAUAUGACUGGACAAUACAGAUAUGUUGUCUCAGCAAUAUGUUUCAUAAUUUCAGGUGUUUUAAGAGCAGUACAGAGGAAACAUUUAUUAAUAACUGGGUUGGUGCUACAGUACGUGUGUGACUGUGACCUGUAGUGAAUGUAAACAUUACUUUUCUCUUGUUUGUCCUCCACAGACAAAAGGCACAUACGACUUCAAGCUGCAGUCUUUCUCGUCAUACUCUGAGUUUGUCGAUUACUCCAUGACGGAGCGCACUUCCAAGACCACGGUGUCCAUUGGCUUUGCUGUGCCGGGCGUGGCCGAGUUCGGCUUCAACUACGCUGACUCCAAAUACUCCAAGUCAGAGAAAAGAACACGCCGCGCCUCUGGGAAGGUGAGAGUUGUUCAUCAGGGGUCUGCUCAGAAGAGAGCAUCGUUACAGAAUGGUCCGAUAGAAGUGUAUUGUGUAGAACAGACAUGAUUGUCUGUCAUGUACAAUAGAGAACUGAGUCCCCUCUAUUUAUCACAUUUCUAUAUGCAACGUUCUGAACAACACAAAGGCACAAUUCACCCCAAAAUCAAUGUUUUGGGUCAUUCACAUUCAGUAACCAAGCCCUCCUGACACACACCUUUUCCCACCACCCCUCCCCAGGAAAACAGCUUUGUCCGGGCCAAGGCAGAGCUGGAACUGGCCCGAUACAUCCUGAAGUCAGAGGAUCUGAUGCUGCACCCGGAGUUCUUCAUGCGUCUUCGUGCCCUGCCCCAGUCCUACAACUAUGGGGAGUACAGACAGAUCUACAGAGACUAUGGCACCCACUACAUCACAGAGGCUACCCUGGGAGGAGACUACGAACACACCGUCAUCCUGGACAAGAAGAAGCUGGAGAAGUCAGGUGACUGAUAAUGCUUUGCUAUUCCAUGGAAAGAGGCUACUGCACUACGGGGCCAUAGGGUUACGUUCCAUUUCACAGCAGCUACCCAUGGACAAUUGAAGUAAAGUACUAUAUCACAAUGGUAGUAGUAAUGCUCUCCUAUAUCUCCACUCCCAUUUUAGAUUAUUCUCUGGAAGCCUACAAGAACUGUGUUCAGAUAGGUCUGAAGGUGGGGGCCAACAUCAAGGGGGUGUAUGUGACUGUGGGGAUCGACGGAGGUGGUUGUGAUGGUGUGCUCAACGAAAUGGGAGGUGAGGAGUGGAUCUAGAUCACUGGCAACACGGGCAUUCUCUCUUUCUGUCUCGUACUGUAGAAUAAAUAGAUUUUCUCUCCUCUCUCUCAUCUCCCCUCUCCCUCCCCCUCCUCUAGAGGACACAGUGAAAGGCAGCAUGGUGGAAGACUUUGUCGCGGUGGUUAGAGGGGGUGACAGUGAGUCCAUCACCGCGCUGGCUGAAAAGAAGCUGCCCACACCACAACUGAUGAGACUGUGGGGAGAAGCCGUGCAUUACAACCCUGACUUCAUCCGCAGCGUGGUGGGAAUACUGUCUCUCUCUCCGUUCUCUUUUCUCGCCAUUUAUCUCGGUCUCUUUUGUAUACAGUCUAAAGUCUGCAUAAACACUACAGUGAAUACAGUAGUAUUUACUGCAGUGUUGCGAACAUGACUGUAGUAUACUGUAGUAUUUACAGUUUACUAUAGUAUAUUGUAAAUACUGUAGUACUUUUUGUUGUUGUUGUAUAUACUAUAGUAUUUACUGUAGUGUUUACGCUGUAGUAUUUACUGUAGUGUUUUUGCAGACAUUACUGUAGUAUUUACUAUAGUGUUUUCGUUUUAUUAUCUUUGGCAAAACUGUGGGGGCUUUGUCCUUAAAGAAAACUACUGUACAAAAUACUCAAAGAGCAAAUGUUCUAUUACCUGUAGGUAAGUAAGUAGGUAGGUAGGUAGAACUAAGGUCUAAAUGGAUAGUUCAGAGCUUCAGUUCUUUUCUAUAACCUGUAGGGAACACAAUAUAUGGUCAAUACUUAUCUACUUGUCACGCUCGUCUACGAGAGAGGACCAAUGCGCAGCGUUGAAGGUGAACAUAAUAUAUAUUUAUUAACUGAUCACACGAUCAAAACAAUAACCAACGAUGCGUGACGUCUAAGGUUACAACACAAACAAACCUUAACAGAACAAGAAACCACAACACAAAGUGAAAAGACCGAUAGUUAAAUAUGGCUCCCAAUCAGAGACAACCAGCUGACACUCGUUGCCUCUGAUUGGGAGUCACUCAGGCCAACAUAGAUAUACAAACAUAGACUUACACACCCUGGCUCAACAUAACAUAGUCCCCAGAGCCAGGGCGUGACAGUACCCCCCCCCAAAGGCGCGGACUCCGGCCGCGCCAAACAACCACAACAGGGGAGGGACCGGGUGGGCACUCCGCCUCGGCGGCGGAUCCGGCUCCGGACAUGACCCAGGCACGGGUUGUGCUGGACUGACGACGCACACCCCUGGCUUGAUGCGUGGAGGAGGAACGGGCCUUACCAGGCUGACGACGCACACCGUAGGCCUGGUGCGUGGAGCAGGGACAGGCCGGACUGGGCUGACGAAGCACACCACUGACUUGGUGCGGGGAGCAGGAACGGGCCGGACCGGGCUGACGAAGCGCACCCCUGACUUGGUGCGGGGAGCAGGAACGGGCCGGACCGGGCUGACGAAGCGCACCCCUGACUUGGUGCGGGGAGCAGGAAUGAGCCGGACCGGGCUGACGACGCGCACCACUGACCUGGUGCGGGGAGCUUGGCUGGGCCGGACUGGGCUGGCGACGCGCACCACAGACUUGGUGCGGAGAGCAGGAACGAGCCGGACAGGGCUGACGAAACGCACCACAGACCUGGUGCGGAGAGCAGGCACGGGCCGUGCCGGACUAACGACGCACACCACUGGCUUGGUGCGGGGAGCUUGGAUGGGCCGGACUGGGCUGGCGACGCGCACCACAGACUUGGUGCGGAGAGCAGGAACGGGCCAGACAGGGCUGACGAAACGCACCACAGACCUGGUGCGGAGAGCAGGCACGGGCCGUGCCGGACUGACGACGCACACCACUGGCUUGGUGCGGGGAGCUUGGAUGGGCCGGACAGGGCUGACGAAACGCACCACAGACCUGGUGCGGAGAGCAGGCACGGGCCGUGCCGGACUGACGACGCACACCACUGGCUUGGUGCGGGGAGCUUGGAUGGGCCGGACUGGGCUGGCGACGCGCACCACAGACUUGGUGCGGAGAGCAGGAAUGAGCCGGACCGGGCUGACGAUGUGCACCCCUGUCUUGGUGCGGGGAGCAGGAAUAGACCGGACCGUACUGGGGACACACACCACUGGCCCUACACCGGGAUCUGGAACGGGCCGGACCGGACUGGCAACACACGCCAGUACCUCUCGCCGUGCCUCUACAUCCUCCAUCCCCUCUUCGACCAGUGGCCCCCGUAACCUGGCGGCCUCCUCUGGCAACCCACUGGGCCGCUCUAUCGCGGCCUCCUGCUGGUCCGACGUCGUGAGCCCCCCCCUAAAAAAAUUUCUGGGAGUCUCUCUUCCCCGUGGGCCAGGCCUCGAUAAUUCUCGCCCACCUCUCGCUCCUCUGCUUCCAAUCUCCGUCAUUCAGCUCCUCAUUCGGCUUGACCCAGUCGAAGCUCUGCCUCCACUGUUGCCAAGUCCACCUACUCUGCUCCUCACUAGGCUGCUUGGUCCAGUUCAGGUGGUUUCUUCUGUCACGAUCGUCUAAUGAGGGAGGACCAAUGCGCAGCGUUGAAGGUGAACAUAAUAUAUAUUUAUUAACUGAUCACACGAUCAAAACAAUAACCAACGAUGCGUGACGUCUAAGGUUACAACACGAACAAACCUUAACGGAACAAGAAACCACAACACAAAGUGAAAAGACCGAUAGUUAAAUAUGGCUCCCAAUCAGAGACAACCAGCUGACACUCGUUGCCUCUGAUUGGGAGUCACUCAGGCCAACAUAGAUAUACAAACAUAGACUUACACACCCUGGCUCAACAUAACAUAGUCCCCAGAGCCAGGGCGUGACACUACUUUCACUUAUGGGUGGCACAAUUUGGGAUUUGGGGGAGGGGAAUGGGCAGGGUAUAUGCAAAUUAAAUACUGUAGUGUAGUAUAUACUAUAGUAAUUAGUGUAGUGUUUUUGAGGACUGUAGUGUUUUUGAGGACAUUACUGUAGUAUUUACUGUACUGUUUUUGCAUACUGUAGUGUUUUUGCGGACAAUACUAUAGUAUUUACUGUUUUGUUUUUGCAAUCUGUAGUAUAAUGUAGUAUUUAGCAUAGUAUACUACAAAAUUAUAUAGUAAGUACUACACAUGAGUGAGGUAUACUACAGUGUGUAGUAUAGUAUUCUACAAUAUACUAUAGUUUACUACAUAAUUCUAUAGAAAGUACUGUAGUAUUCCAUAGUACACUUCAGUAUUUUUUCAUGUGGGCAUCUCCUUUUCUCUUCUCUUUCACUUAUCUGUAGCAUGCUGGGACUCUUGUCCUUUCUGUUUAUCUCACUCACUGUUUUACUCUUUAUUUUCUAUCUCUCUUCAUGCCCCUCUCUCUCUGCUGCUGCAUCUGGAUGAAUCCCUGGGUGGAGCAGCACAGCUCUGGAGUCGUGCUCUCUCUCUCCCACUCUCUCUUCAUCCCCUUCUGUCUCUCUUUAUGCCUCUCUCUCUCUCUUUAUGCCUCUCUCUCUCUCUUUAUGCCUCUCUCUCUCUCUUUAUGCCUCUCUCUCUCUCUUUAUGCCCCUCUCUCUCUCUCUCUCAGAUUUCCCAAAGGUUUCUCUAUAGGUGUCCUCUACCAGUCUGUCAGACUCCAGCCCUGAGCUGGUUGUGAUGAUGUUAAAGUAUUGUUGUUGUUGUCUGUGUGACAGACGCGGCCACUAUAUGAGCUGGUGACCUCCAGAGACUUCUCCAACGCUAACUCCCUGAAGAAGAACCUGAGGAGAGCCCUGGCUGAAUACCUGGAGGAGAGCAGCUCUUGCCGCUGUGCCCCCUGCCACAACAACGGACUGGCUGUUCUCAAAGGUAAACACCCUCCCUCCAGCCCCCUGCUUAAAGGACUCCCUCCCCGAUCCAUCUCUACUUGGUAGAUUUAUAAAACUAUGAAAGAUGAUAGUGAUGCUGAGGAUGAAGAUCAUCACAAUGAUAACAAAGUCUUUCUCUACCCCCUCAGGCACUAGGUGUGAGUGUGUGUGUCCAUCUGGCUACAGUGGACUGGGUUGUGAGAUCACCCAACGACCAGGUCACCCUCUUAAUAAAAACACAAACCUACACAAUAAAGCCUUCACCUGUAGCUUUAACAUCUAUUUAAUUUCCACAAUAUUGCCAUUUCCAUGCUAUUGGGGAGGUUUAACCUUUUGAGCUUUGUCCCUAACAGAUAUAGCCAUAGACGGCAGCUGGAGCUGCUGGGGUUCGUGGUCGCCCUGCAAGGAGAGGACUAAGACACGGAGCCGCCAGUGUAACAACCCUGCACCUAGCAGCAGAGGCAUGACCUGCAGAGGACUCCAGGUGGACGCUACUGACUGUUUCUGAUAUUGUCCUGGACUCUUGAUUGAAAUAAAGAUAAUUCAUGUCACCUUUGGAAA